CGAGUUCUGACGUCAGCUCUGGGGAGUGUAAACGCACACACGCGCCUUUAGUUGGGGAAAGAGCCCAUUCUCAACUUUCCGUAAAGGAAACGAUUUCAGAAGUUUUUUUUCUUCCGUUAUCUCUGCUUGCUUUUGGACAAUGCGCGACCCACAUAUGUCCGUGUGUUGACAGCGCUGGACACUGUGUGUGUGGUGUAUACUACAGUUGCGUCUUUCCCCGACUCACCUAUAGAGCGUAGGCCUAAACAGGUAGGCCAGGUAGACUACGGGAGCGAAAUCCGGAAGAACAAGCACAUCUGAUUGUUCACCCUAUUUUUCUCUUACCCCUGCAACUAAACUUCUCCCAAUAACGUUUGCAAUUUUGAUAAUUCUUCUUCGGAGAGAGUAGAAGCGUGAAGAUGGAGCUACCAGUUCCCAAGAAAAAUAUGCUGAUUCUAGUUGAUGUUUUCUGUGUGGUUAUCGCGGCCCUUCCGUCAGCGGUCUUGACGUUAAUGUUCAGCCCGUACCAGAGGGGUAUCUACUGUGAUGACGAGAGCAUCAGAUAUCCUUACAGAAGGGACACCAUCUCCCACAGGGCAAUGGCUGCAGUCACCAUCCCCUCCUCCAUAGUCAUAAUAACUACAGGAGAAGCGUACCUGGUGUACUCCAAGCGUCUCCACUCCAACUCUAACUUUAACCAGUACAUGUCAGCUCUCUACAAGGUGGUGGGGACCUUCCUGUUUGGAGCAGCUGUGAGCCAAUCACUGACUGACCUGGCCAAGUUCACCAUCGGCAGGCCACGCCCUAACUUCCUGUCUGUGUGUAAUCCCACUGUUUGUUCUGGGUACAUGCUGCAACUCAACUGUACUGGCAACCCUCGAAACGUCACUGAGUCCAGAUUGUCGUUUUACUCCGGACACUCUGCCUUCGGGAUGUACAGCAUGCUGUUUCUAGCAUUGUAUGUGCAAGCACGUAUGCAGGGGAAGUGGACUCGUCUGGUCAGACCCACAGUGCAGUUCUUCCUCGUGGCGUUUGCGUUGUACGUUGGAUACACACGGGUUAGCGACUACAAACACCAUUGGAGCGACGUACUGGUGGGACUGCUGCAGGGAACUCUCAUCGCUGUGCUCAACGUUUGCUACGUCUCUGAUUUCUUUAAGCUCCGCCCCCCUCCUCGCUGCCCACGAUCAGAGACGGCUGAAGACGAACACCUAGAGGCCAAACCUGGCGUGAACCCAGACACGCAACUACACAACAACCACUACAACUAUACAACUACUACAGCUUGAACACAGACUAACAACUACACUGCAACUACACAACAACCUCUACACAACAAUCAUAUGGCAACCGUGGGGAAGUGGCGGCGACAGGAGUUUGUUGGUGGGUAGGCCUGCAGAAAUUUGGGUGGGCAAUUUUUAAAAAUGAAAAUGUUUUGUUAACUAACUUCCUGCAAUGUUGCCAUGUGGCCAAGAGAUAAAUGUACCGUUUUAUAGCUGUCUAUGAAUUAUAUCUGAUGAUGUUUGCAUGUUUAGGUAAAAAGACGACAAAUAAUUAGAGCCCAACCCCAUAUUGGAUUGUUGGGUCCGAUACCGAUUUUGAGGGAGAGAAAAGUCACAGAUGACUGAUAUCUGUUGAUAUAUUGUUUUUUUUUAGAGGUUGAAUGAAAAACAAACCAAAUUGUGCUUCAAAGGAUCAACAGAUACUCUGAAUGAUGAUUUCUUAACUAAAUAUUAUAGUUAACAUUAUUUAAGAACAUUUUAUUUGUGGUUUACAGGAGAUCCACCAAAAAGCAAUUAUAUGUUCUCUAUAAAUUUGACAGUGAAUACAAAGCUUGUUUAGUUGACCUUAGGUGCAACUUAAAAAAUGUCUAUGGCAGUGGAAAAGAGGUAUGAAAAAGUAUUUGUGCUAAACCACCAUAAGGGUGGUCAUGUAAACAAACACUUCAUGGUCCACCUUGCAAUGAGAGUACGUUACGACAAGCACACGCUAGCUGUUCAUUACGACAAUGUUUUCUUAAAGAAACCAUAUUUACAUAACACUGUUAUUGAAUACAAAAUGUAUUGGCUAUACAUUUCAACUCCAAAUGGCAUGCGCUGAUGACUGAAAAUGUUUAUGCAUGUAAAUUCUUGCUGCACUGGUUUUUGUCACACGUUAUAAUUUCGCGAGCUAGCUAACAUUAGCUACAUAUCUCAUAAUGAAGGCAAGCACAUGGCCUGAAUGAUAGACCUGCGCCAACUGUCUUGUUUUUUGCAGAUUGCAUAUUUCAGAAAACUAACUAAAUUAGCCCACUAGCUAACAUAAUAGGCCCUGACAGUGUCGGUCUUCUUUUUGUAUCAAGGACGAGUGUUCACUUUGGCGCCAGUCCAGUGUUGGCACAUACGUAGCACAUAUUGCUGGCUAGAUAGCUAAGCUAACUACCUUGCUGGUUAGCUAGCCAGCUAACGUGAACAAAGUGAGAAUGUGAUGAGGACAGGGCUGCUUGCUUGGUGAAGUGUACUUUUGAUUAUUUACUCAUGCUGGCUGUGGCAAGCUACUCAAGCUACAAACCACCAUGUCUACCUUCCCUCACAUUGUGGACUAGGGCUGAAUGAUGUUCAAUGAGCAGCUGGUAGAGUGCCCUCUUUAGGCAACCAUUGAAAAUGGAGCAGACAUAUUUGUUUAUUCUAUGUAUAUAAUAUGGGCACUUUAUCUGUGGAAUAAAGGCAGAUAAAAAUAUUGGCCGAUUAAUAUCGGUCGGGCUCUACAGAUAAUGUCCCAUUUGGAACACUGACAAGGUAAUUUGUAAGUCGCUCUGGAUAAGAGCGUCUGCUAAAUGACUUAAAUGUAAAUGUAAAUGAAAGAGCAGUACUUAAAAAUAUAUAUCUAGAAAGAAAAUAGGUUUUUGCUCCCAGUGGGGGCACCCAUGCCUACGCCCCUGCCGUAUGGCUGUCUGUGUGAGAGAAGUGUGUAUAUCAGUGACUGGAAUAAAUGGAACGUAUCAAACACCUCAAGCAUAUGGAAACCACAUGUUUGACUCUGUUUAUUCCGGUCCAGCAUUACAAUGACCCUGUCCUCCGAUAGCUUCUCCCACCAGCCACCACUGGUGUGUAUGAGAAGAUGUGUAUAACCACUCACAUGCACAUGCAUUUAACUUUGUAUUUUAAUACAAUGUACUAAAAGUAUGGAGGAUGAGACAGUUUUUUAACAGACACAAAGAAUUAUUGUGUAGUUCCCAAGAUUUCAAUUAUGCUAACAGGAAACACUGAAACAACUUUUAUUUUUUAAAUGUAUGAUUCAUUUAUAUUUCCUGUGCAGCAGCAUCAACCAGGUUGUCUUCUUGGGAUUUGUAGUUUAUUUGAGUGUCCUGUAGUUCUUUUUUAACCCACCCUCUAGUCUAGUUUGUAUUUGUAAAGGAGUUUUUUGUGUGUUUGUAAUGCUUUGAUCCCUUUUACCUACACUGGAGCUACUAAUCCUCUCACACGUCUUCCAUCAAGACAGCGGUCUCCAAGCCUCGUGCUGGGGAGCUACUGGGCUGCAGGCUUUUGUUCCCGCCCACCACCAACCUACCUGAUUUAACUAGUCGUUAAGACCUUGAUUAGCUGAAUCAGGUGGGUUAGUGUGCUCAUCCUGUAGUUCUCCAGGAGGAGGGGGGGGGGGGACCAAUGGUCUGUGGAGUUCAGUGUUGGGCCUACUGGUACCUAGCAUGUCUGUAGAAGACAUGCAUGUACAGUAUAUGGAAUGUAAAACAGUGUUGCAUAGAUAAUUACUUUCUAACUAACUGUUUAUUUCUGUCGUAUCUCUAAGAUUGUAAUACCACUACUAGCCCACUGUGAUGUUUUUUAAAAUGUUAUUGACGCAACUUGUAUUAGUCACUCCAGUUUAUUAUAUAUAAAGCUGAGUAUAACCUGCCUUCUCGCAUGGCAACACAGGUCCUGUGAGAUCAUGAUGCCAUGUGCUGCCUUUGAAAUGUUGAUGUUGACAAUCGUCAGUGUGUCAAUGAUUGAGUCACUCACUGAGAUGUUCUCUGAAAAACACAUUACACUUCUGCAAAGGGUUAAUAUAUACACUAUAUGACCAAGAGUAUGUGGACACCUGCUCGUCCAACAUCUCAUUCCAAAAUCAUGGGCAUUAAUAUGGAGUUGGUCCCCGCUUUGCUGUUAUAACAGCCUCCAAUCUUCUGGGAAGGCUUUCCACUAGAUGUUGGAUCAUUGCUAUGGGGACUUGCUUCCAGUCAGCCACCAGCAUUAGUCAGGUUGGGCACUGAUGUUUGGCAAAUGCUCACUGGUGCGCGUGCAAUAAUUGAAUAACAUAAUUUCAAAAUGUAAUUUGCAAUGUUCGCACACCAGACGCGAGCAGUGUAGUCAGCCUGUUAGGCUUGUGCGGCUGCUCAGCCAUGGAAACUAAUUUCAUGAAGCUCCAGACUAACAGUUUUUGUGCUGUUUCCCGAGGCAGUUUGGACCGCGGUAGUGAAUGUUGCAACCGAAGACAAGCGGUCCCGUUCUGUGAGCUUGUGGCCUACCACUUCGUAGCUGAGCCAUUGUUACUCCUAGACGUUGCCACUCACAAUAACAGCACUUACAGUUGACUGGGGCAUCUCUAGCAGAGCAGAAAUUUGACGAACUGACUUGUUGAAAUGGUGGCAUCCUAUGACGGUGCCACGUUGAAAGUCACUGAGCUUUUCACUACGGGCCAUUGUUUGUCUAUGGAGAUUGCAUGGCUGGGUGUUCAAUUUAUACACGUGGCUGAAAUACCCAAAUCCACUAAUUUGAAGGGGUGUCAACCUACUUUUGGCCAUGUAGUGUAUUUUAUUGUGUUUGUAUCCACACUGUAAUCCUUCAUAAGCUUGUCUGUAACAAACUGUAGCUGCAAUCAAAUGUAUGUAUUUCUUCUUGAUGGAAAAGGGAACUUGAUUUACAGAAGUGUCUUUCCUUUAUAAUCUGACAACUCCUGCUGAGACGAAAGUGCAUGCAGAACCACAGAGUUACUGCUGUGGAGGGAUGGGUAGAGAGGGAUGAUUGGAAGAAUGGAGGGAUGGCUAAACGGAUGGAAUGAAUGCCUUCAACUUCAUGGAUUCAUCCAAGUGAUUCACUAGGACUUUCCCAAUGUUUGUUGGGGUGAUGGCACACCAGACCCAGUGAUGAAGACAUUGCACAUGUUGUCAUAGCUUUAUUUCAAUUUGUUUUAUUUUAUCUCUCUGUAUUGCUUUUUUGUAGUUUUAUGCAUAAAGACGAACUAAUAUGCC